UGAAGGGUUGAUUAAGAAUUAUCUUGGACUAACUAUACUGCCUUGAUUUGUCAAGAUCAAUGUAAAGUUUAAGGAAAAUAAUGACACAAAGGGAGAAGAAGCGUGUUCGUGUCUACACAGGGGUAACAAAAGAGAUCUUCGAGUCAGAUAUAGCUUCUAAGCGUAAGCCAGCGCUUCUACGAGGACUCGAUAUUGGCAGUGCUUGUGGAAAGUGGUCACCGGAAUAUCUUGCUCAGCAUGGCGGUGAAAAGACAGUGAAGGUUCACGUCUGUCCUACUGGGAAGAUGGACUUUAUUCACAAAAACUUUGCAUACAAAACUCUUCCAUUUAACAAAUUUGUCAUGCGGACCAGUGAAACUGUUCAUAAAGAAUAUUUUAUUUGCCCAGAGGAGAAAUAUUAUCUAAGAUCUCUUGGAGAUGAUCCUAGAAAGGAUAUCUCUGACAUCACAGUUCAGUUCCCUAGCUUAGCUCAAGAUAUAAAAAUCCCAAAGUUGUACCCAGAGGACAGAUUCUUUUCAAGUGUGUUCAGAAUCAGUUCAGCACAAGGGCAGUUGUGGACACAUUAUGAUAUUAUGGACAACCUCCUUAUUCAAGUGACAGGAAGGAAGCGCGUUGUCCUCUACAGUCCAAAAGAUGCAACAAAACUGUAUUUAAAUGGUGAUAAAUCAGAAGUCUUAGAUAUUGAUCGGCCAGACUUAACCAAGUAUCCAAAAUUUGCAGAAGCAACGCCCUUUGAGUGCUUUUUAGAACCUGGUGAUGUUUUGUUUAUUCCCGCUAUGUGGUUCCACAACGUGAUUUCUCUACAGUUUGGAGUAGCAGUUAACGUAUUUUGGCGUCAUUUAGAUAUGGGCUUUUAUGACAGUAAGGACACGUACGGCAAUAAGGAUUUGGUCCCUGCCGCAAGGGCCAUGCAAAUAAUGGACCGUGCUAUCAAAGCGUUAGAGGAGCUUCCUGAGGAGUAUAAAGAUUUUUAUGCCAGAAGGGUAGUUUGUAAAAUUGAAGACAGAUGCUUUAGUCGUGAAGACAGGAACAGUUCUAGUGGUGUUAAUGGUGAUUCUAUAGAAGAUGAAUAAAUUGGUUCAAGUGUGAAAGUGAAACAUUUGUGUCCAACAAAACUAGUCUUAGCCCAGCUCUUUGCACUAGUGGGGGCACGCGCGAAGAUGGCUCACGCGCGAAAGGUGAGACACGCGCGAAAAGCGACUCUCGCGCAAGAGGGUUAGAGCACGUUUGACCGAGAAGACAAUCCUCAGAGGGCAUGCUUAACGGAAGGAAUUCCUUGCCCUUCUACAUAACUUAAUGAGUUGUUUCUUAGAAGUACAACUGGAGCUGUAACCUAGCUCUCAACCGGUUACAAGAUAGAUAAAAGUGAGGUAAUUUUUAUAGAGUCGAAUGUCCUUAAUACAGCAUAACAACUUGACUUACAAUACCCGUU